CACGCUCUUUACUCCACUCCACCAUCUCCCUCUCUCCCUCUCGUCCUCGCCCUCCCCGCCCACCUCGCCACCCUCGGCGCCCUUCCUUAGCUUCCACUAAUCGCACACCUCGCUCCCGCCCUCGAGCUCGCCGGCUUUCGACUCGCCAUGUUCGUCUACAGCCUCCUCGCCCUCGCCCUCGCGGCUGCCCCUGCUGCGGCCAUCGACUACACUGCCGCGCACAACGUCACCCCCAUCACUGGCACCUGGAGUUCAGGCUCGAAGGCAGUCCUUACUGGAAACUUUGCAAACCCUGCCAACCUCUCCUUCAACUACCCCAAGAACACCGGUGUCUCGUAUGCAUUCUCCGAUGCUGGGUUUUACGAGGUCGCUCGCUACCGGUUCAACAGCAAUGGGGCCGUGGAUUUGCGUGAGUCGUCAGGGUGCAUGCUGAACCAUUUGCGCGAAGGCUCGAACCCAACAUGCAUCACCGGCGUCCUGAACUGGCACCACGGCACCUUCCAGCUUGUGGAUAACGGCUCGAUCGUCCUCACGCCGUUCGGCGACGGAUACCAGCAGAUCCAGGACCCGUGCGCUGCGGAGUCAAACUUCAUCGAGGACUACAACAAGACGGAGCUGCUCAGCCAAUGGCAGAUCUUCAAUGACCCCGUCGACGGCCCCAAGCUCCACCUCUUCGAAUCGGACGGCACGCCCGUCGCGCCGCUCUACCAGGUGUACUCGACCGCGAACAUGCUGCCCACGGAGAAGCUGCGGAACGUGACCGCGGUCGCCGACGUUUCAAGCCUCCUGGCGCUGAACACGAACACGGGCGCGCGGAGCUGGACCCCUGCGAGCGCCGUGGCGAUGGUGUCGAGCGUGUUCGCCCUCGGGCUCGCCUCGCUCGUCCUCUAG